AUGGAGUUCAGAAUUGAGUUGAUGGGGGGCAACAAUUCUAAGGAGGAUAAUAAUUGGAGGGAUAAUUCAUCUGUGCGUCCAAGUCCCUCUUCUUCUUCUUGGGGUACAUAUCCUGACCCCCACUCGGAUUAUGGUCGGGGGGGUUACGCCUAUGCGCCGCAACAGCCUUCUUACCCUACACAGCAGAACUAUUAUGCCCCUCCACCUCCGCAGCAAAACUAUGGCUAUGAACCUCAGCCUCAUGAUAAUGAUAGAGUUGCCAGCCACAGGAACGAGAAGCGGUUGGACAGAAAGUACUCAAGAAUCGCAGAUAACUACAAUUCCAUAGAUGAGGUGACUGAAGCUCUUGCACGUGCAGGCCUUGAGUCGUCAAAUCUUAUUCUUGGUAUUGAUUGCACUAAGAGCAAUGAGUGGACAGGAAAGCAUUCAUUUAACAGAAAAAGUUUGCAUCACAUUGGGAAUGGUCCAAAUCCCUAUGAACAAGCAAUAUCUAUUAUUGGGAAAACCUUGGCUGCAUUUGAUGAGGAUAACUUGAUUCCUUGUUUUGGAUUUGGGGAUGGUAUAUUUCUCAAAGUUCUGACAACUUUCUAUGUUACAGAUGUUGUAUCUGUUGUUUAA